AUGUCGAACAGAAUUUAUAUUGGAAGAAUAAGCAGUAGAACCAGCGAAAGAGACAUUGAAAAAUUUUUCAAGGGUUUCGGCAGAAUUCGCUUCAUGUCAUUGAAAAAUGGCUAUGGCUUCGUGGACCUAGAAGAUGAGAGGGAUGCUGAUGAUGCUGUAUAUGAAUUACACGGAAAGGAAUUGUUAGGUGAAAGGGUCAUAGUUGAACAUGCUAAAGGUCCUGCAAGAAGGUCAUCAUUUGGCAGAAGUGCACCUCCACCACAGAGAUUUCCAAGAGGACCGAGGCCAACCUGGCUAGACAAGUACGGUGCUCCUGUUAGGACAGGUUACAAAUUGAUAGUUGAAAACUUGUCGUCAAGAGUCAGCUGGCAGGAUCUUAAAGAUUAUAUGAGGCAAGCUGGUGAUGUAACUUUUGCUGAUGCUCACAAGGGAGAGAAAAAUGUUGGUGUUGUUGAAUUCGCGUCAUAUGCUGAUAUGAAAAAAGCUAAAGAAAAGUUGGAUGGUACUGAAAUCAAUGGGAGAAAAAUAAAACUGAUAGAAGAUGUCAACAAUGCUCCCAGGUUAGCCAAGUCUUUGUGUAUAGUGAUGAUAAUGAUAAUAACCUUAGUACAAUAA